AUGGAACCUCUGCAAAAGCCGGUUGAGGCAGCCUGGGUUCACUUGGUAGCUUCCCCCAGCUUGAAAACCCCUAGAGUCAACCCUUUGCAAAAUGUCACUGUUGAUUCUGAAGCAACACUAUGGAACUGCAUGGCUUUUAGCACCUUUCACGAUUUCACUCUUUUGAAGCCAUGUCGGGAAAAUCUGUCCGAGGCAUCCAGUACCAAGCUUUCGAGACCGGCGACCAAAGAGGAGGUUGAGGCCUUUAUCACGGCCAAUCGAAAGUGGAUGACGCCAGAGUCGGAAGAGAUCAUGAAACUGAUGAACCCGCUUGACCAGAAGCGCGUCAUUUCGGGCGGGACCCUCUCAGGCUGCAGAGAUUCUGUGGCCGUGCUGCAGACUCGCGCGAAGCGGGGGCGGGAGAUGGAGUUGGAGUUUGAGAUGAUCGCCAGCGGCAAGAAGGUGGAGCCACCCAAGCCUGCUGCGGAGCAGAUGCCGCUGCCCCUCUUUUCCGCGGAGGCGGCCCGGGCGUUCAUCCACGCCACGCCACAGGAGGUCCGUGUGGAGCACUCGCGCUUUGCCUCCGCAGCGGAGCCAGAGAGCUUUGUGACCGAGGAGACCUCUGGACCUUUGGUCGGAGAGGUCAAAGGUAUUGGUGGAGUCAUCGAAAUGCUCCGUGCCAAGUAUGGUUGCUCCAAAGGGCAGCGGCUGCGAGUCAUAGGUGAAACACCUGCGCUGCUGCAGUUUGAAGGUGGCCGGACGGCGCCCAAGAAUCAUGAAGGCACCGGCUGGAAGUGGGUCAUUGGAGCUGGAAAUGCCCAAGGGGAGAAGCAAAAAGACGAGGCCUCCCGGCAAGCAGAGAUUGCUGCUGCACUGAAAGCACGAGAGGAGCGCUUGGCCGCAGAAAACGCGCAGAAGGCCAAGGACAAGGAACGCCGUGCGGCGAAGGCCGCACAACAAGACGGAAAAAACGACAAGGACCAGGAGGAGCCAAUGACUCAGACCAGUGAAUUGAAAAAUGAAGCAGACAACACCAAGGACAAAGCCACAGAGAUGGAAGUUGAAAAAGAGACGCUUGCAGCGGAGAAAGCGGAGGUUCAAGAUGUGAAUUCUGAAAACAACGAGCACAAACAGGAGAAAGAUGAUGUGACAGAAAAGGAGGCUGGGAAGGAAAAGGAGAAGGAUCAGAAAGAGAAGGAAAAGACAAAGGACAAGGAACAUGCCAAGGAGAAGGAGGAAAAGGAUAGUGAGAAGGAGAAGGGAAAGGCAAAAGAGAAGGAGAAGGCGAAAGAGAAGGAAAAGGAGAAGGAGAAGGUGAAAGAGAAGGAAAAGGAGAAAGAGAAGGACAAAAAGGAGAAGAAAAACAAGGAGUCGGAGAACGACAAGGAGAGGCUGAAAGAGAAGAAGGAGAAGGAGAAAGAGAAAGAGAAAGAAAAAGAGAAAGAGAGAGAGAAGGAAAAAAAGGUCGAGAAGGAAGAUGACAAGGAUAGAGGUAAAGAGAAACGAAAAGAGAAGGAAAAGGACAAAGAGAGAUCCCGCUCGAGAGACCAAAAGGACAGAUCCAGGAAAAGAUCCAGAUCCAGAUCAAAAGGUCGGGAGAAGGAUGCCAAGCGCAAAGACAAGGAGAAAGAGAAGAGGAAAAGAAGCGGUAGCUCGCGUUCCUCUCGAGCGAAGAAGAAAGAUAAGGAGAAAGAGAAGAGGAAGAGAAGCGGUAGCUCUCGUUCCUCUCGAGCAAAGAAGAAAGAGAAGGAGAAAGAGAAGAGGAAGAGAAGCGGUAGCUCUCGUUCCUCUCGAGCAAAGAAGAAAGAGAAGGAGAAAGAGAAGAGGAAGAGAAGCGGUAGCUCUCGUUCCUCUCGAGCAAAGAAGAAAGAGAAGGAGAAAGAGAAGAGGAAGAGAAGCGAGAGCUCUCGUUCCUCAGCAAAAAAGAAAGACAAGGAGAGGGGAAGAGCAAAGGAAAAAGAGAAAGAGAAAAGGAGAAAAAGUAGCAUCUCUGAAGCUCCAUCGAAGAAGGAAAAGAAGAACAAGAGGAGGAGGAGCUCGUCGUGA